UGUUCCCUCUCUUUCCCCCUGUUCCUCCCCUCUCCGCCGUCUCUGUCUCUCACCCUUUGGAGGGGUUCAGUCAUCUCGCGCCAGUCGAGCCACGCGCACUCUCCCGACUGAUGUUCUGGGCUCGCUGGAGAACCACCCUGAGAUUUCUGGAGGUGACGAGACAGUUAGUUAUCAUUGUGAGGGUGGCGACCCCCUUGUUUGCCGUCGGGGGGGUGGUGGUUGAACCGCGUGGCGAGCGAAUUUCCACGAGCUUGAGGAAGACGCGAAACGAACCGCCCUCUUCGUGGACGUGGAGUUCGGAAGACCACCCCCACUUUUUCCCCCCUCUUGAUCGAAGGCGAACGAGCGCGCGCGCGCUCGCGCGCGAGCGCGUGCCUCCCUCCUCGUCGCGGGUGCUUAGACAGCCUCGAGAACCGAAGACACACGGGUACCGAGUUUCACGGGUGGAGAACCCGCGCGUGUCGUCUCGAAACAACGAGGAUCCGACAGAAAACGACAGUUUUGGAGUAUCACGAUAACGCGACCGACACAGGAAACCACAUUUACUUGUCGCUAUUCUGGUGCAUACUUAUAAUAGAGGACCUUGAUUAAGUGUCAUUACUACAAAACUGUCAUCUUUCAAUUUUACGAGGGGACACACAAUUCUCCUUUCACGUCGUUCUAGAAAAGUAAAGUAGACGUUCUAAUUCGAGUUUUGUGAUAAUCACCGGUUAAAGAAAUUAAUUGUAAAGUAGUGCACUAUGAAAUUUGACCGCCAGGACAAAAAUCAAUGGCUGUUGGUUCGGAGGAUCGGUAAUUGUUCGCGUUGACAAGAUUAUGACGAGUCGAUUAAGAAUGCCGAAUGAUCGCUCGAAUGCUUCUCAGGGUCCGAGGAUCUCGAGUGACAGUGUUCAGGGUGGCACGAAAAGUGUUCGAUGAGGGUGGAAGUGAUCCCAGUGGGAGAUUUCGAGGGGAAGAAGCUGGCGGGUGCUUCGUAUUCCUCGCGAAUCAGGACUCCCCGAAAAAGGUCUCGGAGAGCCUCGUGACAAGGAUCUCGGUCGGCGAUCGAAUCUCGAAGACUCGAAUCUGGAUCGUUCGGUUGUGAGUGAGAUCGCUGAGGAUCCUGUGAGUUUGGUGCGCGAACGACAUUGUCACGUUUUCCAAGUGAACUGGAGCAUUGGUAGUUGGGGAUGAAUUAGUGUGGAUAAUCGCGACGACUGGCUCGCGAAUCUCAUCGCUGGAAAACGCGCGUCAGAACUAUGGUGAUGUUGACGGGAGUGAUUCGCGGCAGGAACGGUGAUACCAACUAGAGCGCAAGAGGAUGCGGUGAGGAGCCGGCUGGUUCGCGAGGUUCGAGAUGUCCGCCGUAACCAGCCCGUAUGGCCCCGCGGAGAUGCUUUCCGACUCGGUCUACAACUACGCGACGACCCGACGGGGCGCCGCCGAUCAGGACAGCGACUCCCAGUACGAGGCCCAGGCCCAGUUGCAGAUCACCAGCAGCAUCCAGAGCAAGCCGCGGAACAAGCGGAAAAACUUCAAGCCCAUAAGCAGCCGGAUGGCGGAGGUGUCCGACGAGUCCGAGAGGGACGACGACGAGCCGGAGGUCGUGGAGGAGAGCUCCAGCGAGAUCCUCGAGUACGAGAGGAAAACGAUGCUGCUGCCGGCCGAGGAGAGAUCGAAGCAAAGACUAAACAACAACGAGGCUAGUCCGAUGGACCUCUCGGUCACUACCAGGCCACCGUCCUCCGAGGCCGAUGACGAUAGCGCGGACUCCCUUAGGCAUAAGUUUAUCCUCGAGCAGCUGAGGUCGCAGAAGUUUUAUUCCCCCGGUGCUGAGGCAAGGAGUCCGAACUCCGAUUCGUCGGAAAGAAGCGGGAGCGGCGUCCUGGACGCGGAAUCGUCUCGCUUGGACGACCAGGACAUACAGUUCGAGGACGAGCGGGCCAACGACGUCGACGGCGAAAUCGAGAUCGAAGAGCGAAAGCCCUUCGAGGGCAUGAGGGAGUACGCGGAGUCGACGAUGCAAGAACUUUUGGCGAUCUACGGGCUGGCGGGAGGUGAACUGGCGAAAUCGGUCAGCAGGCAAUUGCCACCCACGUUCCUCAAUCCGAAUGCUGGCCAACAAGUCCAAGUAGGAAAAAUAAAGGUGAAGGAGGAGAAGGACGCCUCGUCGAUGGCGCCGGGAAGUCCGCCCACGCCUCCGCAUACCCCGCAAAGUCCGCAACGCGCGAUUCCGUCUCUUGGCAAUCUGUCGCAAUCCUGUCAAACGUCAAACGCGAACUCGCCGAACCUGCAGCAACAGCACCAGCAACAGCACCAGCAACAGCAGCAACAAUCGCAGCAGCAUCAGUCGCAGGAGCAGCAGCAGCAGCAGCAACAACAUUCGAUGCAACAUGCCAUGACGAAUUUACCACUGAGCCAAAUACUGGUGCAGAAUCCGGCGUUGGCGCAACUGCUGCAACAAAAUCCAACGAUUCUGUCGCAAAAUCCACAGUUGGCGCAGCUGCUGCAGCAGAAUCUGCAGGCUCAGAUGGGCAACGUGCUCUUUCAAAACGUAAGGCGGGAAGAGUCCGAGAAUUCCAGGGUACCGCCGACAAUAGCGAGCCUGGCGGCGAUGAAGGUGGAGGCAGCUGACCCGAAGGUUUCCGCCUUACUUAGGCAGAGUAUGUCUCCGGUAGCGGAUUCUCUGAUGAGUGGUUCCAAGACGUCGGUGUCUCAGCCGAUCAUCGAUUAUUCCCGAUACGUGAGGAGAUAUGCGUCCAGUCAAGAAUGCGGCAAUACGUACUGCAAGGAACUAGGGUGCAGGGAGCACUUUCAUUGUCUAGACUGUAGCGGGAGGGUGUUCGUGAAGAAGGAGGAAAUGAUCAGGCACUUCAAGUGGCAUAAGAAGAGGGACGAGUCCUUGCAGCACGGUUUCAUGAGGUACUCGCCGACAGACGAUUGUUCGGAAAAGCACCCUGGCCGUGCCUGCCCACACAAUAGAAAGCAGACCCACUAUCAUUGCAUUCACGAGAAUUGCGACAAGGUGUACAUAUCGACAUCGGACGUGCAGAUGCACGCGAAUUACCAUCGCAAGGACUCGGCAAUCAUACAAGAAGGCUUCCAGCGAUUUCGGGCCACCGAGAGUUGCGCGACUGACCAUUGUCCGUUUGCCGGACAACGGACCACGCACUUUCACUGUCGUCGACCGGGAUGUCGGUUCACGUUCAAAAAUAAGGCUGAUAUGGACAAGCACAAGUCUUAUCACAUCAAGGACGAGCAAUUGUCGCGCGACGGUUUCAAGAAGUUCAUGAAAUCGGAAGCAUGCCCCUUCGAGCAGUGUCGAUUCUCCCGAGUUUGCAAUCACAUUCAUUGUAUACGACCGCAUUGCAGCUACGUCUUACACUCUUCCGGCCAGCUCUUUUCGCACAAGCGGAAACACGAGCGUCACGAAUCAGAAAUAGCUUAUCGGAAGUACAAGCAGAUCACCGCCGUGGGUGGUGCUCGUCCACCUGGUUCAUGGGCGCCGGAUGAAUUGAGCGCUCAGAGUUUAUCUCUAAGUCUGAACGGCGAGAGCUCGAACGAAGAUAGGGGUUCUCCGUCAUAUUAUUCCUUGGAAGAUUCUUUUCAAAGCGCGAGCGACCUCGCUAUGGAUCUCACCGCCCCGACCACGGCCAUUGCGGCUAGCGGAAGUUCCGUUAAUCUCGAUCAGCAGCAGCAGCAGCAGCAGCAGCAUCAACAAUCUCAACAACUUACCGCCGCCGAAUUGGCCUAUCUAGUGCCGGCUACUUCGGAUUGCGCUUGCAACGCGGGCAGAGAGCACCAUCAUUGCGGAUUGGACCGCUGCGGAGCGACCUUGAAAGAUCCCCGGGAAGUCAGGGAACAUCUGAAGGAGCAUGAGACGCAGGAACGCAUAACGGACGCUUUCUUCGAGGAAGGCGGCUGCGACGAUAGUUGUCCGUACGCGGACAAAGAGAAGCAUUAUCAUUGCAAUUGGGAGAACUGCCGAGAAGUGAUACUUUCCACUGACAAGCCGUUUCGCAGAUUGCAGCAUUAUAAGAUUCACGAAUACAGCCGGCAAUUGAAUCUCUCGUGUCCUUCGCACGCCCUGUCCUCCGAUGUCACGUUGACCCACCUGACAAAUAUCGACGCGAUGUUCAGGCGGAAGCGCGGUAGGCCGCCUAAAAAUCGCGUAAUAGAAAUCUGGUCGGGCGGCGACCCCGCAACACACACUCACGAUUCGCCGCAGGCGAUCUUCACGAGUUUUAAGCUUCCCAAACCGCAAACUCCUAACUUAACGUCUAAUAUGCUAAUGGAUGAUCGAGAGGGUAGCAUAUCGCCUUCGAACAGUCUGGGCGAACCGGAAGGAUUUGCUACGUAUAACGCGGAAGGUUGUCCCGACACGGCCUGCGUGCUUAGAUCAACCAAGCACCAUCAUUGUUCGCAGCUGCGGUGCCACUUCUCCACGGAUCGGCCGGACCAACUGCUUAUGCAUAGUAAAGAUUUUCACGACAACGUCGACAUACCGCCGGGCUUCGCCUUCUACGACAAGAUGGUCGACUGCCGACUGGCUGGCUGUCACAGCAAUCGCGUUAAUCGGCAUUUCCAUUGUACCAGACCGAAUUGCGGAUACUCGUUCGUUAGAUACUCUACAAUGGCACUGCACGAGAAGCAACACUCCUCCAGUCACGCUGAGUCCUGCAUUCAAGAAUCGAACAAUCAGGAAUAUCAAACGCAAGUUCAGCCGUUGGUCCAGGAGGCAAAACCUAGAAUCCAAGUGAAAAAUCCCGCCGAAUUGAUCGAGAAGCACGACGAAAGUCUGACGGUAGCUGAUCAAGAGAGCAGAUCGAUUAUCGAGGACAAGGAAUCCGAGCUUGCGAGUCCCGACAGCGGCAAGACCACCGUGGUGAGGGCGGCUGGCACCUAUUAUCCGGUCAGCGGACCGCCGAGCGAACCCGCACUUCCGGGCGUCGUGCUAUCCAUGCGAACUUCCGUGCACCAAGAAUCGCCGGUCAUGCCGUCUAUAAGCUCCACUUCACCGCAUACUGUGUACGGACCGGAGCAAAGUUGCAGCAGGCCUUUCUGCAAGCUGAAACGCAAAAAUCAUUACCAUUGCAACGCGUGUAAUCAGGCUUUCUCUGAGUUAGAUCGCUUGGUUGCGCAUAUAGCAAAGCAUUCGACUGGUGCCAUUCUCAGCCAGCAGCAACACGACAUGGUCAGCCCGUCGCCUAAUCAGCUUCAGCACGAUUACAUCACGCAGCUAUCGCAGAAGCACGACUUCAUGUCGCCGAACGCUCAGAUAGCUCAGAACAUUCAAAACUUUCAGAAUCAAAUGCAGCGACAGAUGCAGCAAACUCUCAAUCAACAGUCUCAAUCGAAAGACAUCAAGUUGGAGAAACCGAGAUGCAGCAUCGAUAUCGGUGUGCAAAAUGUCCCGAACGUUAAACGGGAACCACCUGAAAUUGCAUGUAGGGACGAAGGCAACAAUACCGCAAUAGAUAGUCACGAAAAUGGUCAAUUGGCGCAACCGCCAAUUCAACCUAGCAAUGUGCAACAGCCUUCGAUACCAACAAGCUUUGAGCUCGAUCUCAGCCAUGGCUUCCACUUUCCAAGUCCUGCUGUGAUGGCCGCGAUGAAUCAACAGAUCGCCCUGAUGAAUCAGGCUCUACCACCAUUUCUUCAGCACAGCGCAAUGUACGCCGGUGGACCUGGGUUGAUGUUUGCGCCUGCUUUACCACCGACCAAUUUUCUUCCACCCGCAAGAGACGAGAACCCCCUAGCCUCGCUGGCAGCUAAUCUUAAUCUGACCAAAAGAUCUCUCUCACCUCCAGAUGCUAAUUCGAUAGACGCCAAGAAGCAAAGACUUCAUCAUUCAAUGCGUAUGCUGAAGGACGAACCUGUACCGGAGGGAUAUGUCAGAUUCAGAUUCAACGAAGACUGCAGAUAUCCUCAUUGCGGCUACAGAGAGCAUCAGACUCACUUCCACUGUAUGCGUCAAGACUGUGGUUAUUCGUUUUGCGAUAAAACUCGUUUUGUCCAGCAUACCGCGAGGCACGAGCGGCUGGAUACCUUGAUGGGAGGUGAUUUCCAGCAGUAUCGGGCCAACGUGCCGUGCGGCAGGGCUCAAUGCGCAUACACAUCGUCCCUCGGGUCAAUGCAGAACAAGGCAUCGCAUUUUCACUGUUUGAAAUGCGACUUCGUCUGCACGGAUACGAACAAGGUGGUCGCACAUCGACGGCAACACGCCAAGUUGGACAGUAUCGCGGCGGCGGGUUUCCAGAAGUUUACGCCCAGUCAACCGUGCGGAGUUGUGCAGUGUCAACAUUCUGGCAAGCAGACGCAUUAUCAUUGUCUGCAGUGUCAAUAUGCAGUGUUGGGUCUGGCGCAGAUGUCGGCGCACAAGUACCGACACAUGGACUCCUAACGAUCUCCCGUAGAAAUCCUGCUACGCGGCAGGACGCCCGAAUAAAGCAUUACCUUGGUCCCUGUAGACAUUCCCUAAAGAAUGGCGUUGCCAUCUUGUCCCGACUACGUGGAAAAUCGAGCGAAACCAAUAGGGGACUAGUCAACGACUUUGUCGCAACUCGAUGCCCACCGUCGAUAAUUGUCCCGCGUAAAAGAAAGUCUAAACGGUCGUCCACGAAAUUCCGAAAGACGCCCAUUAAAAGACAAAUUCCUAGUCCCUAUAGACAUUCCCCGAAAGAACACUCGAGUGUCUCGAUCAUUCACGAUCGAGCAACGUUCCUGGUAAUAUGGAUGAUUAGUGGCAACCGGUAGGGGGCUAGUCAAUAACGUUUAUCUUCAGAAUGAAUACUGUUAGGUUGAGAUCUUCGAAUCAAGAUACAUUCGGUAUCUGUAGCUACGUCGAGGAAACGUGAGGCGAUUCUUUUCGUAUAUAAGAAUCUAAACAUUGAAAUGGUGACGAAGUAUCGAAGAAACGGUCGCAUCGUCGAGCAAUCUUUGCGAAAUUUAAAAAACGCUAUGUGAACAAAACGGAACUUUGAUACAAGAUAAAUGCAAUCGAGAAUUGCAUUGAGGUUUAGUGUAUAGUCGAAUCUCAAAAUAUAAUUCUUCCGGAACUAUGACUCCUGGGAAAUUCCUGGGGAACGAGAAUGAGGGACGUGAGAGAAUCUGACGUAGCACUAAGACAAUAACACAAAGACAAGUUUAUAAUAUAGCUUUAGUAUGAAGAAAAGACAAACUGUAUUUAAUAGGAGAAAGACCUUGUAUAGUUUUUCCUUUGUUAGUGUCAUUUUGUGUACCCUCCGCGUAAAAUCUUUACGAUGAUCUAGAUCGUAGAAUAGUUUAAUAUAAUGUCGAUAAAGAAUGAAGAGAAACAUUAAUGCGAAGUAGCAAAUCAGCGUAUUGGAUUGGUAUUCUUUCUGCAUUGGCAGAUAGUAGGGAUUAAUUCAACGGUCAUAUCUUUUACUUUGAAAGCACCGAAGAAGUGAGGGAAAGAUAUCAUUUUAUCGUCUAUCGUCUAGACUGCGGAAUUAAAGAAAUGCUUAUUGCGUUAUGUCGGCAGUAUUAGCGUUCCUAUUGCGCAAUCGAUAAGAUUUUAAGAACGAAAAUAUAUAAUAAUAGCUACAAUAUUGAAUACUUUUUUAUCUGUAUGAUCAUCUUUUAUAUUCGCGGUAAAAGUUUCCGAAACGGUUGUUUCAUGUUCGAUUCUUUUGUUAAUAAUUGCAAAUUAUUUAUUUAAUUGAUUUGUAUAAUAAAGAAUUGAUUGUGCAAUGAUGAUGACUCAUUAGAAGUUCAAUAAAUGAAAUGACGAAGAAGGAAAGAACAUCGCAUAUUUCGUAUUGCAUUACGUUUUGGAGGGUACGCGAUAAAUAUUGCAAACAGUAUUGAUAAAUUGAAAAUUAAUUAGAAGGACUGCGAGUUGAGACACAAGAAAGGUAAAAUAAAGAAAAGAAUGAUGAUCGUUGAACGAUCAAGUUAGAGAAUUUGAAAAUUAAAAGUUUGGAAAGAAAGAAAUUAUAUAAGUGCGAAAAGGAAAAAAGGAUGAAUAGAAAAGAGAUAUAUUAAAAGUAUGUUCUAAAAAGAAAUGGUCGCUGAUCGACAUAAUGCAAAGCUGUUUAAUAUAUGUGUGUAUAGUGUAUUGUAAUUGGUAUUGGAAUUGUUUAAGGCAGCUCUGGAAAAUUUUGUUUCAGAAUUUUUUAUAUUUUAAAUUUAUGAAAAAAUGUGUCAAAUUUUUAGUUUUCUUUUAUUAAUUGAAAAAUGAGAAAUCUUGGAAUAUAACAAAAUUUACAUAUGUAAAAAUUUCUAGCAAAGAUGCAGACAUUUAUAUAUUUUUUUAAAUUUCUUUCAAAGAAUUCCUUUCUUGUUGUAAUGAAAUCUAAUAAGCAGUUAGGCAUCACUUACAAAUGGCUACAACGAAAUUAUAUUUCUUCUAAUUAAAAAUCUGUAUUAGAAGACACAAACUAUAGAAGACACAACAUGGCAUUCUUUUACUUCUUAUGUAUAUUAUGACAUUCUUUAACUAUGUAUAUUUUAACAAAAUGUGUAACAAAAUGAUGCUUUAAAGGCAAUUUUGAAGGAAUUUUAAAAUAGAAGUACAUAAAAUAUUUUGACAGUAUCGUAUAUUAAAUAAAAUAUUAUUAUACAAAUAUUUGUGUUUAAUAGUUUCAAUUGGUUUUAAUAUCUUCACUUGAAUAUUUUAAAUAUUGCAUUGAUUUGAAAAAUUCUAAUAAAAUAUAAUAUUUAGUUCUUAAAAAAUUAUUUUUUUUUAAUGUGUUAUUUUGUUCAAAAAAUCGAAAAUAGUUUCUAAACAUGUUAUAAAAUGUAUACAGAAAUAUAGAAAAAUAAAAUCUAAAAAAGUCUGACAAAAUUUUUCAUCAGGAAGGAACGAAUUUCUUGCUUCUUCUAUUCCUAAAGCACGCUCAACGAUAAUAUACGAUUCCGUUUUCAUUCAGUAAGUUUAUUUUUCCGUGUAUUUUGGCGUAAAUUUUUUAUCGCGUCGAGAGCAUCUACGCUCUUUCUCGUUUUUCGAUGAGCCCGUGAGAAGUGAAUUUUUUGCAUUAAUCAGAUAUACUUGUUAUCUUCAAGACGAGAUACGGUCUGUCUGCGUAGAGAACGAUGAUAACACCGGAUGAACGAUAAGAAGUGUAUCCGGAGAAUUUUAGUGUGUAUUCUCGCGUGAAGACCAAAAGAGACAUACGUAUAUCUUCUCGGCGAAUAAUUAAACGUAGUACGCAGCAAAAUAUUAUGCGACUGCUCGGCGAGAGGUGCCUUUAGGAGCUUUUCCGACCUUUGUAGGACCGUGCCUUAGCAAUUAACGUACAACGGAUACGCAGGAAGCUAUUUGUUCAAUAUAGCAGCAGAACCGAAUUUAUUAUCAGCUCACACUAUUAGACUUACAUCUUAUUUGUAGCUAUGAUCGAAUUUCGGAACGGAAUGUGAUAUUUGGCGUUUGCAUAUUAUUAUGGAAAAAUAUUAUUGAAAAAUAGUGAAAGAAUUAUUGGAAUUGAUAAAUACAACUAAUAAUUUAAUAAUAAAUAAAAAUUUAAUAAUAAAAUUUUAUUAAUGAAUAAAACGAAUAAUUUUCCAAUAAUUUUCAAUAAUUCUUUUUGUACAUUUAAUAAUAAUUUUUUAAAAGAAUAAAUAAAUCAAAGACUGAAUUCAUAUUUCAAAAGACAGAGUUGAUUCUGAAGAUAACAAUUUCCUAAUACAAUCUGAAUUUCAAUAUUUGUAUCGUGCGGUUUCUGAUAUAAAUAGAAUUUUUUCUCUGAGUUAUUUUAACAAACUGGCUGAAAAACGAUCAUAGAUUUAAUAGUAAACAAAAGAUGUUAGUGCCUUAAAGAUACAACAACUAAAUAAAACACCGCAGAGUGUAGUCGCCGAUAUUUAAAUCGUCAUUUUCUAAGGUUUUUUACAUUUUUAAUGAAAUAUCUGUAAUUUAUUUAAAAGGAAAAAAACUUAAUUCUUACAAUUUAUCGUCGCCGAGAACUUUUAUGAUUUUUUACUUGAAAAAUCCGAUCUUAAUGAGUAAUAAACGAACAUUUUGCUAAAGAUAUCUUAAAAUUGUACUAAACAUUUUACUCAAGAAUCUAUUAAUGUAAAAUCUGCUUGCUAUAUUAUAAUUAAUAUUUCCGGUAAAGAGUAUAACAAUUUUAUAAUGUUGCAUCAGCAACAAAAAAAUUUUGAACGUUAUCUUUUAAACAUAUUAUGAAGAAAUUUACAAUUUGUGUCACCGGAAUGUGUCUGGUUCCAAUUAAGAUAUCGCCACGACUGUUUUGUUAUCGUAUUAACUGAUGAUUAGUCAACAUGCUCUAAUUUAUGUCAUAGAUAUUGGUCGACCAUGAAUUUAAGAAGAUAUCGUCCACAAACAUUGUUACUGUCAAAGUUCAUGUUCGGUAAAAACGUAAAUAAUUUUUUAAGCAAAACAAAAUAUCUCACAUAAAUGUCACAUAUCCAAGGAUUGUAACAAAAAAUCGUAUUUUAUCGUCGAAAAUAUGUUCAGUUUUAGUAAAGAAAUAUUAAUUACAUAGCGGCAAUAAUUGUGAGUCAAAUAAUUAUAAAUGCUGUGUAUCACAAUGAACACCUUGAUAAAUAAUGACAAAAUUGUUUAUUUUAAUUAGAAGUCUUAUCCGUAUAACCUAUCGUUGUGAAAAGUUAGUGAAAUUUUAAAAGCGACAAUACGAACAACAAAAAGUUCACGGAGAAUUAAAGUUUUAUAUUUAAAAAGUUAUAUCAUUAUCUUUACAAUUUUCCACUUCAUAAUACUAAAGCCGUAAACAGACGGGCGAGACAGAUCGAUCGCGAUAAUUCUAGGAGGACCGAUUACAUUUCGGUCGAGCUGAUCCCUCGAAAGUGAACCGAGGAUCUCAAUGUUCUAAUAGUUUCCGUGAAUUAUUACAAUAGUAGCAUUCCAUAGCAAGUCGAUAGUCAUCGAUCCUGUCCACGUCGACGGUGCGUCGUCCUUACGCGGCAGAAUUUAAAAAUCGCGAUGAAAGUUCGUCGGUCUCGCAGUAUCGCGUGUCAUACCAAUGAUGUAACGCGAUAUCGAAGCGGAUAUCAAUUCCAGAAGCAAAAGAAGAAAAACGAAAGGGUAUCGUUCUCAGAAUCGAUGUCGUUCGCAUCGGGAACGUGGAGAGGCUAGAGUCCAGCCAUUAAACAAGUGCCAUAAAACCACGCUGUAAAAGUCGAAGUACUGUUUUACUAUAUUAAGUCGAGAGAGAGAGAGAGACACUUGCGCGGGACUAUGGAAGAUUCAGCACGUGGUCGAUAGACAAAUCUGUAUAAUAUUUAUUUAGUAUUUAGAGUCGAUAGGGAUGCGUGAGAAAAAGGACAGAGAGCGAGCGUAGAAAAUAGUAGGAGUGAGCAACUCUCAUACUUGGAAUGUAAUUGCGAGAGAUUGAAUUUUCCGACUGAAUGUUGAAUGACAGUGUGAAAGAGAGAAGAUUACUAACAACGGCGUAUGGUGGUUGCCUUAUAAAUAUGGAGAACCUUCAUUAUAUAUAUAAUAUAUAUAAUUUAUGGAGAUUAUUAUAUAUAUUAUUAUAUAAUAUGAGAUAUGCAUAUAUAGUAACGUGGUCAUUGUCCGAAAACGACAACGAAAGCAAGACGCGAGUGAAGCGAAACAGUAUACCAGUAGAGCGUAUUAUUAUUCGAGAAAAGCUAGAGAGAUUCUAUCGUAUGGUCGUUAGUGCUAAAAUAUCCGCUGUAUGGAUCUAAGAGAGAAGAUGCUAUUAUAUAAUUUUAUCUAUUAUUAUUACAUUAUUAUUAAUAUUAUUACUGUUUAAUUUUGUCCGUCAUGCUCGCCUUGUAGCCUUAAAACCUACACGGUGAGCAUGCGGGCAUUAUUCUAUGUAUUAUUCUCUAAUUAUUAUUAUUAUUAUUUUUAUUAUUUGAAUUGUGCCUAUCAGAUCCACCUUGUAGUCUUCGAAUCUACAAAGCGGAUGUGUAGGCCCUAUUAUUAAUAUUAAUAUUAAUAUUAUUAUUAUUAUAUUAAUGAUUAUGGAACCACAUCGUAUGUAGCUGUGAUUUUGCUUUCAAAAAGUAAAAAUUAAAAAUAUUUAUAGCAACUGA